CGCACUACUCCUUCAGUUAACGUCUUUAGCUCUCCAGCUAUAGCAAGAGAGGGGCCAGCCUUUGUUUUAUAUAUACACAACAACUUUAGUGUUUGCUUAUCUCUCUCUCUCUCUCUCUCUCUCUCUCUAUUUACACUGUGUUGUUUUGUAGCUAGAAGUGGGUGUUAGUUGCGUUAGUGUGAAUUAUUUCCCUGCCUUGUUGGAUGGCUCUUCUCAAUCUUCUGCUAAAUAACAGUGUGCCCGUCAGUACACGAGGCCUGGACUGGUCUUCUCAGCGACUACAGAACAUCUCCGGACCCCAUAAUGCUACCCCUCCUGUCAUGCUCCAAGGAGCUCAUCAUCCAGACUCGACGAUCGAGAAGCCAAAGUUCUGGCCGGACAGUCCGACCAAAUCAGGAGGGACGGACAAGAAACUGUUCCUGCCUCCUAAUCUUAAUCCAAGAGACGAGCCCUUUAACGGGCGCAAAGAUCAGUCGACGGAGUUUGUGAGCGUGUUACGAGGAGCCCUGGGAUCCAUCAACAACCACGACUCUAACCUGCUGCACUGGUCCAUGGAGAUGCCGUUGAACCAAGAAGGACCACCCUCCUACUCGACCCCUGACCCAGUCGAGGAUAUCGGCUCGGAAAUGUGCUUUCCAAAACCCUCCGACAUACCAUACGUUCCAGCGGUAUCGUAUUGCAGCAAAGGACCCCUGCCCCUCCCUCCUUACAUGCUACCCUCUCUGGAGAGACUGGAUACUCAGAAUAGUAAAGUCAGGAUUAAGAGGGAACCUAAACAUUAUACCAAAGAUAAAGACACAGAGAAAGUGAAGCGAGAGACUGACAGACGAGUUGCGAAUAAUCAGCGAGAGCGAGUGCGCGUGCGCGACAUCAAUGAAGCAUUCAAAGAACUGGGCAAAAUGUGCACUUUGCACGUGCAGAACGACAAGGUCCAGACGAAACUGAAUAUCUUACAUCAAGCUGUAAACGUGAUCAACCAGCUGGAGGACGAAGUUGGAAAAAGGAAUCUAAACAAAGAGCUGCCAGCUUUCCAGAACGACAUCGCCAUCAAACACAAACUAGCCUCCUCCAGUUCGAGCAACAGUUCAAAUAACGAGCUCCUACAUUCCUCGGGCAGUGGCGGAGGAAUGUCCGACCACCACUCAGCACGCAUGAUGGAAUGUUACCCUCCUCCCAUUCCUUGUCAACCUCCCCACAUGCCCACCCCUGUAAAUCCAAUGGGUUUGUCUCCCCACCUCCCACCCCCAAGUAACUGCAGUGAACCACCUCCCUCCAACAGUGUUCCCUCAAUCAUCACCUCCAGCAUGCAAGUCAUUUACAACGUGGACGAACCUCUGACCCGGGAUGCGACACGCGACUACACGGACUACGCGACCAGCGACGAGGAAGGAAUGCAAUGAGAUCGCGCACGUGCAGUGCGCGCAUGAUGUUUCCUGCACGUGCAGCUGAUCAAUAGAAACGAACAGUUGUGUUUAAGUUGAGAUGGGUUGACAUUGACAUUAAUUUGGGGUUGAUAUUUCAGACAAAGAGAGACAGAUUACAGUAGCAGAUCAGGUCACGUGGUCACGUGGUACUGUAAGAGGUCACGUGGUACUGUAAGAGGUCUACAAUCAGAGUGUUUCUGAGAGGAACUGUAAAGUAUAAAGUUGCGUGUUUUGAGUGAAAUCCAUGUUUCUAAACUUAGAUUUCAGUCUAACCGUAGAGCUAAAGUCUGGACACCUUGCCUUGAUCGGACACGUGACGUAUUUUACUUUAACACUGGCUUGAAUUUGCAGUGCAAUUAUUGGAUAUAUCUCAAGGUGUUUGGAGUUCUAACUGACCAGAAUAUGUGAGGUAUUUGCAACUUUGGCUCUCGAAAUAAACUGCUGGAGGCUAAUUAAGCCUAAUCAUUGCAUUUCCCUACCCAAUCAGCAUUUUCUCACGUCCUCCUAGGCCCCCUGUUAUAUUUUUACCGCCUUCCUUAAUUUAAAUAACCUUAUUGAAUUUGAUUUAUAACGGAGAUGAUCAAUGAAAGAAAGUAUCGUGUGCAUGGGCUAAAAGUUUGCAGUUUUAAGUGUUUUGUUUAUUUAUUUGAUGAAAUAUAUUAAUUUAUUUAUGAAAUGUUUUGAAAAUUUCUGUUGAUUUUAAUCCAUUAUAUAUUUUACAUUAAGGUUAGAUAAAUAGGCUUAACUAGACUGUCAGUAAUUUCAUGUAGGAAUUUAAGUAUUAUUCUUCCUCGGUGACUGAUAAGGGUUGCUUGGAAGUUUAAUAUUUAAAAUCACGUAUUCAAUAUUCGCUGAACAGCUUAAAUAUUUAAUUCAUAUUACCAGCGCAUAAAUUUGGUUUGAUUGUAUGAUACUUAACUAAUCAUAAUAGCAGAGAAUUUGAUUCACGGUUGUAUUAUAGUAUCUCAAUUGAGGCAUGACAAGCAAUACUUUGGAGCUAAAAAUCAAGAUAUUUUGUUAAAUAAGUGUUUGUUUAUUUAUUAAAACAUGAUCGUUAGCAUUAAAUGCUGUAACUAAUAAACUGAUAUAAUUCGUUUUUGGAAA